GUAACCAGUAAUAACUCGUAAGUCUUCGAUGAUGACUCGAAGAAUUCCGACGUAUUAACACGAACUCGGCGCUUUCAACAGACUGACAAAUUAUUUCGAAUUUUGUUUGAGCGGGAUGGUUUAAUCUAGUACGAAUAACAUUAGUUUACAUAACAGAAUCAGUCAUGGAUGCUAGUAAAAAGUAUGAUAAUCCUAAUCCGAAAUUAACAGCGAAUCCGUUUAGUAAAUUGAUAUUUUGGUGGUUAAAACCCCUGUUUUGGCUUGGAAAAAAUGAUGGUCUUGAAGUUAAGGAUGUAUACAAUGUUAUGCCAAAGGAUGUUAGCGAACCUCUUGGAGAUAAACUUGAAAGGAAUUGGUUUAAAGAAGUUAAAGCAGCUAACAGAUCGUGUAGGAAGCCAAAAUUUUUUAGGGCUUUAAGAAAAACAUUUUCCUGGUCAUUUUCUUAUUAUGGAGGAUGGCAAUUCUUCAUAUCGGUUAUUUUAAAAGUUUUUCAACCAUACAUCCUAGGCCUUCUUAUUUGGCAUUUUGAUCCUAGAGCAGUAUCCACUGUUACAGAAGCAUACAUUUAUGCUUCAUGUGUUGUACUUAUAGCUUUAGUUAGUGCUUUAAUUACUCAUCAUUCAAAUUUAGGAUUAAUGGAAAUUGGAAUGAGAAUGAGGAUAGCAUGUUCCUCUGUGAUGUAUAGAAAGAUUUUACGUUUAUCUAAAUGUUGUACAGAGGUUGCAACUCCUGGGCAGAUCAUAAACUUAAUGUCAAACGAUGUAGCAAGAUUCGAACAGUUGUUUAUAUCGUUACAUUAUAUUUGGAUCUUACCGAUUCAAGGUGCUCUUAUAGCUUAUAUGAUGUGGAGAAGUGUAGGAAUUUCUUGUUUAGCUGGUAUUAUUCUUAUAAGUAUUCAAACUAUACCACUGCAAGGAUAUAUAGGAAAAUUAACAUCAAAGUUACGAUUAAAAAUUGCAGUUAGAACAGAUGAAAGAGUACGUUUAAUGUCAGAAAUUAUUAGUGGAAUUCAAGUUAUUAAAAUGUACACUUGGGAAAAACCAUUUGAAAAGCUUGUUAGCCUUGCUAGAAGCUACGAAGUGGAUGUACUUACAAUUUCAUCAUACUUAAGGGGAUUUACUUUAGCCACAUUUGUGUUCACUGAGCGAACGACGUUAUUUUGUACAAUUAUGGCAUAUGUACUUUUGGGAAAUAAUAUAUCUGCUGAUAAAGCAUUUUCAAUGGCACAAUACUUUAAUAUUCUUCAAGUUACUAUGGCGAUACUAUAUCCUAUGGCUGUAUCAGCUAUUGCAGAAGCUAGUGUGUCUAUUAAGAGGCUCGAGCAUUUUCUAUUGUUGAAAGAAAACAAUAAUUUCGAUGACAUUAAACAAGUGAAAGGAAAUGGUAGUAUUAGUAUGAAAGGUAUUACAGCGUCUUGGACGGAAAAUGCUAUCGCAAAUACGUUACAUGAUAUUAAUAUUCACAUUGAACCUAAGAAACUUUAUGCUGUUGUCGGUACAGUUGGCGCAGGAAAGAGUUCCUUUCUUCAAUUAAUUUUGAGAGAACUAGUGCAAUCGGAAGGAGAUAUACAUGUAAACGGUAGUGUAUCGUAUGCCAGCCAAGAACCAUGGUUAUUUUCGGGCACAGUACGUAAUAAUAUACUUUUUGGACAGCCUUAUGAUUCAAAGAAGUAUAAUGAAGUUGUUAAAGUGUGUGCUCUUACAAAAGAUUUUCAACAAUUUAAUUACGGAGAUAAAACGUUAGUCGGAGAUAGGGGUGCGUCACUCAGUGGUGGUCAACGAGCAAGAAUUAAUUUAGCUAGGGCUAUAUAUAGAAAUGCAGAUAUUUAUUUGCUAGAUGAUCCAUUAUCAGCAGUGGAUACUCAUGUUGGAAAACAUUUAUUUAACGAAUGCAUAAAAAAUCAUCUUAGUAAUAAAACAAGAAUUCUUGUAACACAUCAAAUACAACAUUUGAAGUAUUGUGACCACAUUAUCGUAUUAAAUAAUGGCAAAAUUGAGUACAAUGGUUCGUUCGCAGACCUUCAAAAUCAACACAUAGAUUUCUUAAAGCUGCUUUCCUUAGAAGAUCAUAAAGAAGAUUCGGAAAAUAUAGAAACCAUUGAAAAUAAUAUACUCGAUAUAUCCAUUAAUUCCAGUAAUAGUAAGAGUGAUGAAGAAUCUGAGCCACAAGAAACGGAGGAACUAAUGGGCAAAGGAGGCAUCUCAAAAUCACUUUACUGGAAAUAUUUUCGAGCUGGAGGCUCAAUUCUAAUGAUCCUCAGUUUUAUAUGCGCUUUAAUUUUGGGACAACUAGGAAGUAGCGGUAGCGAUUAUUGGGUUGCUUAUUGGACAAAACAAGAAGAGAUACGCGUAAAACAUAUUACUAACCACACGAUAAACAUAUUUAAACAAAAUUAUACAAUGCCUCCUGUGUUUACAGAUAAUGUAGAUGAGCUAAUUAAUGAUACGUUUACAUCAAGCAUAGAUCACUUUAACGAUACAAUUCCUGAAUUAUUAACAGCCUCUGGAAAUCAGAGUUCAGAUAAUAUUACGUGGAGUAUUAACGUAGGACUCCAUGACAACUACUACCUCGAUACCAGCACUGCCUUAUGGAUUUACGGAUGUUUUAUCCUUGGAAGUAUACUAAUGACUACAAUUAGAAAUCUCAUAUUUUAUAAGAUAUGUAUGAAUGCUAGUAGAAAUCUACACAAUCAAAUGUUCUCAUCUUUAAUAAAAGCGCCGAUGCUAUUUUUUGAUACGCAUCCCUCUGGUCGUAUCCUGAAUCGUUUUUCAAAAGAUGUUGGAGCAGUGGAUGAGAUUUUACCAAAGACAAUGAUAGAAUCCAUCCAAAUAUUUGCAGUAAUGGUAGGAAUUUUAAUACAAGUUCUUAUUGUUAAUUGGUGGACGACAUUUCCAAUGAUUGUUAUGGGUUACUUGUAUUGGCAUAUACGAACCAUUUAUCUUAAAACUGCACAAGAUAUGAAACGUUUUGAAGGAGCCACAAAAAGUCCUGUUUUCUCGCACAUUAGCUCUUCAUUAUUAGGUUUGGUCACAAUUCGUUCGGCUUCUGCGCAAAAUAUGCUUCGUAAAGAAUUCGAUAUUCAUCAAGAUCUCCACACUAGCACCUAUUAUUUGACUAUAGCAACAAGUACUGCUUUCGGAGUAGCAUUGGACAUUGUGUCUGUUGGAUUUGUUACUUUUAUCACGUAUAGCUUUAUUAUACUGGAUGAUGGAAAUACAUUUGCGGGAAAUGUGGGUUUAGCCAUCUCGCAAGUAUUAAUUUUAUGCGGAAUGCUUCAACAUGGAAUGCGACAAACUGCAGAAACGAUAGCACAAAUGACCAGUGUUGAACGAAUCCUACAGUUUACACAAGUCGAUAGAGAGGGUCCAUUUGAAAGUGAACCUAAUAAGAAACCAUCGGCACAAUGGCCUUCCAAAGGAGAAGUUCGUUUCGAACAUCUGUAUUUACGCUACGAUGAUUCGGCGCCUCCUGUCCUCAAUGAUUUAAGUUUCCAAAUAAAAGCCGGCGAAAAAAUAGGGAUAGUAGGUCGUACUGGCGCUGGUAAAACUUCUCUAAUAUCAGCUUUGUUCCGUUUGACUAAACUCGAAGGUAGCAUUUACAUAGAUAACUUAGAUACAAAGGAAAUAGGUCUUCAUGACUUGAGGAAAAAAAUUUCUAUUAUUCCGCAAGAGCCCAUAUUGUUCUCCGCAACGCUUCGAGAUAAUCUCGAUCCGUUCCACAACUUCGACGAUGCCACUCUUUGGGAAGCUCUCGAAGACGUUGAACUGAAAUCGGGCACUUCUUCUUUAGAUUUUACUGUUCAACAAGGAGGAACUAAUUUCAGUGUGGGUCAAAGACAAUUGCUUUGUCUAGCACGAGCGAUUAUAAGAAACAAUAAAAUUCUUGUCCUUGAUGAGGCUACGGCUAACGUAGAUCCUACUACGGAUACUUUGAUACAAAAAACUAUUAGACAAAAUUUUAAGAACUGCACUGUAUUAACUAUAGCGCACAGAUUAAACACAAUAAUGGACAGUGACAAAGUGUUAGUUAUGGAUCAUGGACAAGUGGUUGAGUUUGAUCACCCAUAUAUUCUACUCCAGAGGGAAGGUCAUUUUACUAGCAUGGUAAAAGAAACUGGAAAACUAAUGUUCGAGCAACUUAAGGAAAUUGCAGAAGAGGCCUACAAUAGUACUAAAUAUACAGAAUCAAAAUUAGAACCAAACACUGUUGAUGACAGUACAAUUUUGAAGGACAGUUGAGAGAACAUUAAUAUGUAUACAGUAGAAAUGUACUUAAUUCAUGCCAUAAGGAUACUUAAC